AUGGAAGCUUCACUCCCUUAUCAUGAGCCUCCAAUUACGGUUAUUGCCAUACUAUCUGGCUUUCUACUUUUGUUGAAUAUCAUCAACUAUGGCCUGGACAAACUUGCUUACUGCGGACUGAUUGGCCAAGUCGCGAUAGGGAUAGCUUGGGGUACGCCAGGGGCAAAAUGGCUAUCUCGUGAGGUUGAAGAUGCGAUCGUACAAUUGGGUUAUCUCGGUCUUAUUCUAUUGGUAUUUGAAGGCGGUCUAUCAACAUCUUUCAGAUCCCUAAAAGCCAACCUUGGCCUCUCAUCUGCCGUUGCCACCACUGGAAUUCUGAUUCCAAUCGGCCUUUCCUUCGCCGUCAUGUCGAUGCUCAACGCGACUCCACUGCAGGCGUUUGCAGCAGGCGCGGCACUCUGUUCUACCAGCCUUGGCACGACAUUCACUAUCCUUGGCACCAGCGGUCUUUCUGCAACUCGUCUUGGGGUUGUUUUGACGAGCGCUGCCAUGAUGGAUGAUGUCGUUGGUCUAAUUAUGGUUCAGGUCAUCUCGAACCUUGGAGGUGGUUCUUUCGACGCUGUUACUGUUGUUAGACCCAUUAUGGUUUCUUUGGCUUUUGCGAUUGUUAUUCCCGUCAUGUGCAGAUUCGUUGUCGCGCCAGCUACGGUGCGCCUCAACUCCUACCGCGAGGCAAAUCCGACCUCCAAGAUAUCGAAGCUUUUUGCUUCUAGGCAAACUGCAUUUGUUAUUCACACGGGGUUUCUGCUCGGUAUUGUUGUCGGAGCGACCUUUGCUGGCACUUCGAGUCUCCUGGCCGCUUACAUUGCCGGUGCUGCAAUCAGUUGGUGGGACUCUGAAGUUCCGCACUUGCAACAUCAGCAUUCCAGUAACUCUGCAUCCCGAAACUCCGAGCAAGUUGUAACAGCCGAUGAUCAGACUAUGGAAGGGUCCCCCUCUACUCAAGCUUCGCCUAAAGUUAUGGAAGGCGGUUCCGGUGCUGAGAUCUUCCAUGAUUACUACGAGCCUGCAUUGCAGCGACUUCUCAAGCCAUUCUUCUUUGCCUCUAUUGGUUUCUCUGUUCCCAUCACUAAGCUAUUCACUGGCCCCAUCGUCUGGCGGGGUGUGAUCUAUACCAUCCUAAUGAUAAUUGCAAAGCUCGCAUGCGGCCUAUGGUUGGUUUCUUUCACUAAUCCCUUCCACAUGCUCACGAAGCCUAUUCGCAAACUUACGCCCCAACUCAAGAAGUCUUCAAAGACUCUUGUUCCUGGUGCUCAAUGUGCGGAUACCACACCCCGUGAUGAGACGAGCGAUUCUACUCAGCGGGUUGAAGAUCGCGACGCUGUUCCUCUUGAGUCAAUUGCCGACACGGACGCAUCGCAAACCUCCCCUCAAGUACGCAAUUCUACUCCCAAACCUGAGAAGGCGCUGUCUCUCUAUCCGGCUUGUAUUGUUGGCAUCGGUAUGGUAGCUAGAGGUGAGAUCGGCUAUUUGAUUUCCGCACUUGCUGAGAGUAAGGGAAUCUUCGGUCGUACAGAGGAUGGUGAAUCAUCUGAGCUUUUUCUCAUUGUCACCUGGGCGAUUACUCUUUGUACGGUGAUUGGGCCCAUUUCUGUUGGACUCAUCGUCAAUCGGGUCAGGAAAUUGGAGAGUGGGAGUCAAAAGGCCCAAGGUGAGAACAGGAGGAAUGUUCUCGGGGCUUGGGGUGUCAGUUAG